UGAGACACCCAAUAUGUCUCAGUACCUCCUAUCUGCCGCGAUGCUGGCCUCUAUCAUUGUCUCUCUUUGUGGCGACUGCUCUACGACUUUUAUUGUUUUAAAUUGAUUUAAUUGUAUUUACGCUGUGCGACGGGGAGGAAGUGGAAAAAGUGACAGAUGCGACUUCCUAUUUAGCAAAAGACUAAGUUUAAAGCCCUGUUAAACUCGACAUAGUCCGACAUCCCCAUCAGUGCUACUCAGGCCUCUGGAGGCCCCUGUGUGCGUGAUAAGAAUCGCUGCUUCGGUGGAAGUGUGGUGCUCAUAUAGUGCUCAUAAAGGUGUAGCAACCGCGUGAAAAAACAGCUGGGAGGUGCUCCAAGUCCAACGCCCCCUCAAGGGCAAAUUGAUGAACAACGACCCUGACAGCGAUCAUUGAUCAUGUCCGACCAGUGCGCCGCCUUCGUGGACGGAGCCUCCAUCACCUAUGGAACCGGAAACGAGCUAGAGUCGGGAUCUGGAUCCUCCGCCGCCUGUAAGCCCACCCUGCGGGAGUUCAAUGUGCGGCUGGAGGUUCCCCUGGCCGCCGAGGAGCGACUGGGGCUUACCGGCGAUGUGAAAGCCCUCGGCGAGUGGCAGCUGUCCAGGAGUGUGGCUCUGGAAUCGCUGGACGAGCUCAACUGGCAGGCCACGGUGCCCCUUCAAUCCUGCCGCCAGCUGGAGUACCGCUACUUUGUCUACGUGGAGGAUCUCUCUGGCUACAAGCAGAUUCGCCGUUGGGAGACCCAUUUCAAGCCCAGGUCCCUGGGACCCUGCACGGAGCUACAGUGCAGCCAGUUGGACGUCUUCGGAAUUACGUCGGACAACUCCGAUCUAAAGCCGCAGGUGCACCGCGGCUGGCUGAACCAUGAGGCCAUUCUGCAGCUCAAGUUCAAUGGCGAGAAGAUGUUCCAAGUCCACGACAUCGAGACCUUUGACCCCCAGCACGUCCAGCUGAAGAUUGUGCCCGUGGAGAAGACCGCUGGCCUGCAUGUGGAGUACUCUAAACAGGAGUACGGCAAGAGCCAGCUGGAGCUGCAGCCCACUUUCGGAGUGCCCUACACUAAGGGCGACAUUGUCAUCUUUCACAUCACGCUGCCGCUGGAGAGGAUGAUGGAGCAGCACUUCCGCUUGGAGUGCUAUAGCAUGUCAAACGAACUCCUGGGCAGUGCCACUCUUGUCACCUCGGACCUGACUGGAAGCGAGGGAGUGCUCCACCUGCCGAUAAAGUCGGCCAAGAACGCAGAUGAGACCCUGGCCAGGCUGAGGCUUCCCUAUGUCGCGGUGCAGCCUUACCGCUACUCGCCGCUAGACUUCAAGAACACCUAUGCUCACUACUGGCCCAAGAGCUGGCCCAACCUGGAUGUGGGUCAUCGUGGAAAUGGCAAGAGUUACAUUGCAGACGCUCCUGCGGAGAGGGAGAACACUAUCGCCUCUUUCCUGAGCGCCCAUGAACAUCACGCAGACAUGAUUGAGUUGGAUGUCCACUUGACUGCUGAUGGUGUGCCUGUAAUUUAUCACGAUUUUGGACUGCGAACUGCUCCGCCUGGCAAGCAAAUCAGCCGCCCAGAUCAGCUGGAGUACGUGCUGAUCAAAGACAUAAACUAUGAGCUGCUCAAGAGGCUGCGCAUCUUCUCUGUGAUCGCAGGCCAAGUGAGAGAGUAUCCCUCGCACAACGCCGAGCCCAGGAUGGAACACCGCAUAUUCCCAACGCUGGUGGAGGUACUGGAGAAGCUGCCCAAGUCACUGGGCAUUGAUGUGGAGAUUAAGUGGCCACAGCGUCGCCAAGGCGGAGGAUCGGAGGCUGAGCAAACAAUCGACAAGAACUUCUUCGCCGACAAGGUGCUCCAUCAGGUGAUCCAGAAGGGCUGCGGCAGACCCAUUAUCUUCUCCAGCUUCGAUGCUGACAUGUGCACGAUGCUGAGGUUCAAGCAGAACGUCUUCCCAGUGAUGUUCCUCACGCAGGGAGAGACGAAGAAGUGGCAGCCGUUCCUGGAUCUGCGAACACGCACCUUCAUUGCAGCCGUAAACAAUGCUCAAGCUUUUGAGCUGGCUGGUACAGCUCCACAUGCCGAGGACUUCCUGGGUGAAAAUGCCUCGGAAAUGCUUCAAAAAGCCAAGGACCUGGGCCAAAUAGCUGUGAUCUGGGGCGACGAUUGCAACUCCAAGGAGCGGGUGCAGUACUUCACCCGGAUCGGUGCCACCGCCACAUGCUACGAUCGCAGUGAUCUCUUCAUGCCGGAGGGCAAGCGGGAGGCCUUCUUCAAAUCACCCGCACUGAUGGCCGAGUUCGCGGCUCAAUGCCGGAUCUAAGAAAUGGGGUUACUAGAAUGAAACGGGCGGGUACAAAUAAGCUAUGGCUAAUCAUUAGGCUUUUUAAGUUAGCUUGUAUAUUUAUUUAAACACUAACUGGGAAAGAGAAAUGUGGGAAGCUUUAAAGUGGUUGGGUAAUUUGUAGUUUCUCGUUGCCCAACGGAAACAACGAAACGGAGACCCAUAAAUAAAUCAUCUCUAUGCACGUUAAGCCGUCAUUUGGCAAAAUUACACAUGCAAAAAAGGAAUUCCCCCAAAGUUAAGUAGCACCACAAAAGACAAUGGGAAGAAAGCGAAGCGGCGAAUCGAUAAUUACAAAAAUAUAUACACCUACAUUACCUGCUUUAAAUCAA